UCACAUGACUCGAGAUGGCGGCUGAGAUUCACUCCCGGUCUCCCCGCGGCCCUGUGCUCCUCACCAAGAUUCCCGGGCACCGGGAGCACGUGACCUCUGCCUGCUUCAUCCCGCGAGAGGACGGCGUCAUCACCGCCAGCGAAGACCGGACACUGAGAGUAUGGCUGAAGAGAGACAGCGGGCAGUACUGGCCGAGCAUCUAUCACACCAUGUCAUCGCCUUGCUCCGCUCUGAGAUACCACCAUGAGAGCAGAAAGAUUUUUGUGGGGCAAGAUAGUGGAGCUAUUGUGGAGUUUUUGGUCUCUGACGACUUUAACAAAAUGAACUUCGUGAAGACUUAUCCAGCUCAUCAAAACCGCGUUACAGAGAUUGUCUUCUCCCCCGAUCCUGAAUGGGUCAUCAGCACCGGGCAUGAUAAGUUUCUCAUCUGGAUGUGCACCCAGAGUGGGUACGUGGUGGGACGGCAUGCGUUCGCUUCCUGGGCGUCCUGCCUCCAGUAUGAUGAAGAAACGAAAUACGCUUUUGUAGGCGAUUUUGCCGGCCAGAUUACCCUGUUGAAGUUGGAAAAAGAAAACUGCACUGUCAUCUCGACCCUGAAAGGUCAUGAAGGAAGCAUCUCUUGCCUUUAUUGGGACCCUGUUCAGCGGUAUCUGUUUUCGGGUUCAUCUGAUCACAGCAUUAUCUUGUGGGACAUUGGAGGGAGGCAAGGACGAUCGCUGAUCCUUCAAGGACACCAUGAUAAGGUACAAGGUCUGUGCUAUCUUCAGCUCUCCCGGCAGCUGGUCUCCUGUUCAGUCGAUGGAGGAAUAUGUGUUUGGAAUAUGGAUAUAGAAAGAGAAGAGGCUCCUCAGUGGUUAGAAAGUGACUCCUGCCAGAAGUGUGCCCAGCCCUUUUUUUGGAACAUAAGGCAGAUGUGGGACACACGGACUCUGGGGUUACGCCAGCAUCACUGCAGGAAAUGCGGUCAGGCAGUCUGUGCGAAGUGCAGCUCCAAGAGAUCCAGCUACCCCAUUAUGGGCUUUGAGUUCCAGGUGCGGGUCUGUGACUCCUGCUAUGAGAGCAUAAAAGACGAGGAUCGAACAUCGCUGGCCACAUUCCAUGAGGGUAAACACAACAUCUGCUUUAUGACUAUGGAUAUUUCCAGGGGGCUUAUGGUUACGUGUGGCACAGAUCGGCUAGUCAAGAUCUGGGACAUGACACCGACCGUGGGUUGCAGUUUGGCGACUGGCUUUUCUCCCCGUUGAUACAGAUGACUUUGACAUGUCCAGAAUGCACCUUAUGUACAGCUGCGUACGUGCACAUCGGCUCAUCCUGGGCAGCGCCCAUUACUUCUCUGAUUCAGUUGUAUGUAUGGAAGCAAAGCAAUGCAACAGCUCUCCUGAACAAGGAAGAGGUGCCUUAUCUCCACAUACCUGCGCAUCAUUACCUUCAACCAUGCUUCAGCCCACGCUACUGGAAUUAUAACAAGCGGUUUCCUGCGUAAGCACUAGAAAACGGAAGAAUUCCAGCAGAAGGAGCCACCAGCCUUUAAUUGCUGCCUAUAGAAUGGUAUUCAUUGUGCACCAAAAUGGAUUACCUCAAAACUUUAGUGUUUUACCUAUCUGCUCCCACAAAUCUUAGCGUAAGCCUCACCCGAAUGUUUUUAGGCAUACAUGGUCCAGUAACUUUGCACACUGUGGGUGUACAUACAGGUUUUCGUCUGGUGGUUAGAUGCCAGUGCUUGUGCUGUUGACUGUAGCUCAUCGUAUGUAGUUUAUAUUGUGUCACUGGGUAAGAAAUGUAGAUGAAGUAUAUUUGUAAUAUGCUCCGUUUUACAGAACUGUGAAAUUGUUCUUUCGUUAUGGGACUGAUUUCUUAGUGAGUUUUUGACGUUUGGUUCGAAUGUAUAGUUCCUAUAUGAGCAAAGGGUAAGGUUAUCAAACUACAUGCACUGCUUCCUUUACUUGGUGUCCUUUGGCGCUUGGCAGGAUGAUCCCUUUUUAUGUCAUUUUAAUCCUGUCUGUUUUACCUACUUAUGUCAACGCUCAAAACCUCUUGAGUCCCCCUAUUUUUCAGUCCCUCUAAUGGGACACAAAUGUUUAAAAUGAUAAUAGUUGGCACUUAUUAUUGUAUUGUCAUCCACUGCUCCACCUAUUCCCACGUUGUAAUCCAAAGGAUGACCCAGGAGACAUUAAUUUAUCUCCAAUUCAUUGCUACUUCAGCUAAAACAAUAUUUUUGGAAUGUGGUAGUAUUGGAGGCUUCUCGGAUUGAGAAGUGGAUGGUAAGGUAGAAACUUUUUAUGUUCUUAAAGGGGGUAUUCCGUUUAUUUCGUUGUGGUUUAUAUAAUCGGAAAUUAUGCAUUUUUUUUUUAUAGCCUACAUAUAUUCAAAUUCUGCUUCCAUACAUGUCUUAUAUCAGGCAGUUGACCCCUGUAUGCAGUAGAAUGGUAUAGCCCAUGUAUCGGUCCUAUGUAAUGCAUCCAUGGCCUAACCAAAACCUGGCAUCAGUCUCGUCACAUCAGGAAAUCCAUGACAUUCAGUAAGUAGCAGUAUUACAUGACCUACAUGGUCAGCACACAUUCAUGUGAUAAGUAAAUAGGACUUGAGGUGGAAUAACUAUAUUUUUGUAUUGUAAUUAUUGCAGUUGCUACAUCACUAUGUAUUCACAUGGCUGUUUCUAGGUGAUUUGUAAAAUGGCUGCCUGUCUCUAGGUGAUGCUGUCAUGUUUAUAAAGUUUAGUGUAAAAAAAACACAAUGCAGAUCUGCUUCUAUACAGAUACUGACAGACAUGAUGCGAAGCUGCUGCAGUCAGUAAUACUGUAUAUAAUGUACAUGUUCUUUCCACUACUUCAGUACACUACUAUUCACCUAUUAGAUGCUUGGGCCAUUAACUGAAAGCGAGGUCACAUGACACAUGUGAGGGUCAUAGGACUGACGCCAUGUUUAGUCCUAUCCAGCUCUCCUGCGGAUGCAUUUUACAGGACUAAAAUGGGCUGUACAUAUUAUUUUUUUUAAAACCGUCUAAGGCAGGAAUGUUCAACCUUCAGGCUUCCAGCUGUUGUAAAACUAAAACUUCCACCAUGCCCUUCUGUAGGCUGUCCGGGAAUGAUGGGAGUUGUACUUUUGCAACAGCCGGAUGGAGCAUGCAUGGCCUAAGGCAUCUUUAAAGGCUAUGUACACCUUCAGAGGCAAUUUACUGCAUGUCGCUCAUUUUUGGCUAAAAUAAUUUUUACAAUUGGCCUUUUAUUAAAAAUAUUGAGCUGUUCUGUCACAAAGGGUUACCUGUUUUUCUAGCUGUGUGACUGGUACUUGCAUUUUCACUUUGUUCCUGUCUUCCAAUAAACCUAAUCUCUGAACUA